AUGUCCGGUGCUGCUGCUGCAUCUGCUGCUGGUUAUGACAGACACAUUACCAUCUUUUCCCCCGAGGGUCGUUUAUAUCAGGUAGAGUAUGCCUUCAAAGCCACCAACCAAACUAAUAUAAACUCAUUGGCGGUCAGAGGUAAGAACUGUACUGUGGUGAUAAGUCAAAAAAAAGUCCCUGACAAAUUGUUGGAUCCAGCUACUGUUUCAUAUAUAUUUUCCAUAUCCAGAACGAUCGGUAUGGUGGUAAACGGGCCAAUACCAGAUGCAAGGAAUGCAGCCCUAAGGGCUAAGGCUGAAGCCGCGGAAUUCCGUUAUAAAUACGGUUAUGACAUGCCAUGCGACGUUUUGGCCAAGAGAAUGGCCAACCUUUCCCAAAUCUAUACUCAAAGAGCAUAUAUGAGGCCAUUGGGUGUUAUACUUACAUUUGUUUCUGUAGACGAAGAAUUAGGCCCAUCCAUUUAUAAGACAGAUCCCGCGGGUUACUAUGUUGGCUAUAAAGCCACUGCAACAGGACCAAAACAACAAGAAAUCACGACAAACUUGGAAAACCAUUUCAAGAAGAGCAAAAUUGACCAUAUUAAAGAAGAAUCGUGGGAAAAGGUGGUCGAGUUUGCCAUCACCCAUAUGAUUGACGCAUUAGGUACUGAAUUUUCAAAGAACGACUUGGAGGUCGGUGUCGCCAUUAAGGACAAGUUUUUCACCUUGAAUGCUGAGAAUAUUGAAAAAAGACUUGUAGCAAUUGCUGAACAAGAUUAA